CACAAUGGCCGAACCAGCUGCUACUCUGCCAGUGCUCUUCACAACACACACUCCAUACCCUCUUCCCGCUCAAAAGUUCAUGAUUCCUGCAUCAUGGAAGCGCUAUCAGUUAUCCCAACUCGUUAAUAAGGCGCUCUCCCUCUCUCAGCCAAUUCCGUUCGAUUUCAUUCUCAAAAAGACAGGAGAACUCUUAAGAGGCUCGUUACAGGAAUGGAGUGAGGCUACCGGCGUCGGGACGGAAGAAACAUUAGAAAUUGAGUAUGUCGAGUCGCUGCUCCCACCGACGCGCAUUGCUGGCAUGCCACAUGAUGAUUGGGUGUCCGAUGUAUCAUGUGGUAUGCAAGGUCAUUUCGUUACUGCAAACUAUGAUGGUCUGCUGCGUGUGUUCGACUCCUCCCAAUCGCUAGUGCACACAAUUUCGGGACACAAUGCUGCCGUAACUUCUGUCUGUACUAUCUCUUCUACACCUGAUGGUUUGGGCAGGAGCAAUGAUGUGAUAGUAGCGAGUGCAUCGCACGAUAGGACGGCGCGGCUAACGUCCUACAAUCCAGAUUCGAAGACAAGCCGAGCAUUGGCCUCCCUCCAUCUGCAUACCUCUCCUAUUUCAUCUAUUCUAUCCUCUCCUGAUGGCGAACACCUCCUUACCGCGGGCUGGGAUAACCUCAUUGGACUUUGGGACUCUAAGGUGCCAUCUUCGGACGAGACUGACGCUUCCUCCACCGAUGAACCUAAGUCUCGAAAACGUCGGCGCCUGGCGACUGGGAAUGGUUCCUCAGAGGCUAAACGAAAGGCUCCUUCGGCAGUACUUAAGAGCCACACUGGACGUGUGACUGCUGCAAUCUUCUCUUCGACAGACGGGAAGCGCGCGUACAGUGCGUCACUUGAUGCAACGGUUCGCACUUGGGAUAUCGACACAGAGAUCUGUCUACAUACGCAUACUGUUACAGAAGCUCCCUUCCUUGCCCUCGUUCAUCUUUCCGCUCCUCACCUACUUGCAGCUUCUUCAACGGAUCGCACUGUACGCAUUAUCGAUACACGCACGUUUACUUCUACGUCUUCUUCUCUUGAUGUGUCACCGCCUAUAAUCCUCCAACACGUGAAUACCCCUGCUUGUCUCGCGGCGUCGCCUACGAGUUCUCAUCACGUCGCAAGUGGAGGGUACGAUGGAGUUGUGCGUGUAUGGGAUGUACGGAGUGCUAAGAGCGCUAUUGCCAGUUUCCGUGCGGGUGAGGGCGUCGAUGCGGAGAAAAGGGGAGACGCGAAGGUGCUGGGAUUGGACUGGAGAAGUGGGGUGAUGGCGGUAGCUGGUGAGGCGGGCCUAGAUAUAUGGCGCGUGCCAGAGCGUGCUGAGGAGGCGCGGUAGACUAAGGAUGCACACUGCAGUAUAUGAAGCUUGGUUUGUUUGGACGUUUGAGUUGGAUCUUCCUAAGAGCUCACUUACUUGCUAACAAGACCCGGUGUUAGCAGCUAAAAGUAUUUACCUAACCUCAAAUGAACUCAGCUUGAUUCCGCAGUCAAUUAACUUGCGUGACACCAGACGGUCGACGAAAGAAACUAAACAAGACUUCCUCGGGAUCUGCUCUGUUCAAAUGUAUCACUCCUUUAUAUUGCUGCUGUCAGCUCCCGCCAGCGUAUGCUGGCGGCUUGCGAAGAAAUUCCGACGUCUACGCGACACCCAUUCUUCGCUGCGUUCUCUCACUUUACGGUCCGCUCUAAUAUCCGUGAGCACUGGAUGGCGGGCCGCCAAUACUGGGUGCCAAGAGACUUUCUUGGACGGGCAUUAGCGAAGAGAAGUAGGCGAAGGUAUAAAAUCUCGACUUGACGUGGGCGAGAAGGGAGGCGUCUCAGAUAUCUAAUUUCAUCAUUUUUAUUUCGGCACUGGCUGUUCAUGUAGCUGGCCAUGGGGUCGUCACAUCUCCUAAACCACGCCAGUACGGUCCUGUUGCAGAAGCAGCUUGUGGCGAGGCGGUGUACAAUGUCCUUACAUCUGAUUUAGAGGGUCCAAUCGAGUUUGCAGUGGAGAAGGAAGACUCCUCGUUUGACGCUGCUACGUGUCCCUUGUUUUUCUGUCGAGGCGCCUCGAUUGAAGACAAUGUCGGUAACACACGUAAAUACGCUGCAGGCGACGUCGUCAACUUCAAGAUAGAUCUUGAGGCACAUCAUACGGGAACAGCUAACGUCUCGGUCGUGAAUCAAAUGUCACAAAAACCAAUCGGUGCUCCUCUGUUCUACUGGCCAGUUUACGCGAACGAGUCACUUGGACCGUCCGAAUGGCCAAAGAACGAAACUGACUUCAGCGUGACGAUUCCGGACUUGGAAGGCCAGUGUUCGGGUGCUGGGAAGUGUGCGAUCCAGUGGUGGUGGUAUGCAUACAGUAACGACCAAACAUACGAGAGCUGUGUCGAUUUCACCCAGUAA